AUGGGUACCACCGGAAGCGGGAUUGCGGGGAGCGAUGCCGGCGAAGGUUCUGCCCUAGGGGGGCUGGACGUGACCGCGAUGAUGGGAGACGGCCCCAAACCCAUUAAGGAGCUCUUUCCCGUGACCCUGCAGGAUCCCAGGACCGGUCGCCAGUACUGGCACGAGAGCCCGGCGGUAACCGAGGCUGUUGCGAAAGAGCUCUUUGAUAAGUGCUCCCAACCACCGCCGGUUGAAAAGGGUCCAGGGGGUGGGGGCGGGAGUGGGGGCGGGAGUGGGGGCGGAGGCGGGGCUCCCGCUAGGGCUCGUGUGUCGGGAGUGCAGAUGUCCUUAGGAAAGCUGAUGGGGCACCCAGCAAUAACUGGGGGGCGAGAAAAGAGGGUGGAUGUGGACGACGCUCUGUGGCUCUUCAUGCGACACUGGUCGGUUGUACGGCAACACCGGAUAAGCCUGGUUGACCGUGCCCUCGGUCAGGUCGCCCCUGCCCCUUCCUCUGCUGCCUCGGCAGCAGCUGGAAAUGACGCUGCUCAAGCUGUCAGUCCUUCUCCCUUAGUGUCAGUUGACGGUUUCCGCGUAGUGACGACGCGGCUAGAAAAUAUGAGCAGAUCGGCUCCUCCGAGGGGGGUUGCGGACCUGGUUUACGUCGACGCCUUCAUGGUGGCUUCAAGUUUGUCUCGUCGGCCUGAGAACAAGGCCAUGUCUCACCGUGAGUCCACAAAGACGGCUCUACUGUCAAGCCCUGUAUUGCUGUGGGACGCCAGUGGGGCAAGGCGGGAGCAGCAGAUGCCUCCUACAUUCAGUAAUCGCGCCAUGAGAAGCUGGCUCUUGUCAUCAUGGGCUCGAUAUUCAGACCCCAUCAAGGCCGAGGUCCUGGUCAUGUUGGAAGAACUGCAAUAUGUCUCGGACACAACACCAGCCGAUGGCAUCACCCAAGAGCCAGCCGGCGUUGAGAACGCUGCAGCCGACCUGCCGGCCGGUGGAGCGCCAGCGCACACGCCCACAGGGGCACGAGGGUCUGGAGGAAGCGCUGCAAGACCUGCAAAUGUCGAGGCGGCAAAGCUCGUCAGAGCACUGGAGAAGAUUCGGAGCGAGGACCUAGACACGUUCCACAAGGAGGGCAGCAUGGCGCAGUCCACCGCUGCCGUAAUCCCGAAGGAAGCAUCCGCUGAGCAACAGGAGCAGCAAGAGCAAACUCUCUCUCCGGAGAUAGUAAAAAAGCUGUCUAGACCCGGAGAGGUGGAGCGGGUCUCCAAAGAGAUGAGGUGA